AUGUUGACCGCCAUCUACAACAUUUCGCUUCUUCUGUUUUUCAGUAAGUCAGUACGCGUUGGCGUGAAAAAUUAUCCUCUUGUUUACGCGCGCGCGCGCGCCCCGAGACGAGACGAGACGAGACGAGACGGAAAUGGAGCCGAGGAGCUGAUUUAUGUUAUGUCCACAAAAAAAGGCUCAUUAUUAAGCGGCAAGGGAUCUAUGAAAAGCUUUAUAGGGACGCACGGUCUCCAGAGCUGACAAUGGGCGCAAGUGCGCCCCGCCCAAUAGAGCGAUACAUUGGCGCGAAAUUCAAAUUUUAACAGCAAAAUUUGUGUUUUUUGCCAGAUUAGCCACGAAAAACCGAUAAUUUCUUAUUUGUCUCUCGACACACCGAUUUUAUAGGCUAUUACGAAUUUUUUAAGCGCAAGAGCGUCAAAUUUGGUCAAGUCGCAAAUGUUUGAAAGUUUUUCGCUAAAACUGCGUGAAUUUCAGUUGCUUUUCGGUAAUUUUCGCGGUUCGAGCGCUCAAAACGCUUGUAUUUACGUGAUUUAUCAUUCUCAAAACCAAUUCUGUCGGAAAACGGUCAAGAAAGCGCAAAAUGAGAAGUGCGGUUUUAAGGCGGCGAUCGGCGGCGAAGGCGAAAAAGCAAAGUCCGCGAAAAAUGCGUCAAAGCGUCAUUAAUUCUGAUAAUUAGUGUGUUUUCAUGUCGAACAAUCAUUUUUCAUCACCUUUGACGGCAAAAAUCAGAGAAAACCUGCUCAAUUCAUGAAAACGCCAUUUGGCCGCCGAGGCCACGCCCAUAUUGUCAGCUCUGGAGACCGUGGAACCAUGAUUUGCCACGUCACCUCUUCUGACCUUCUAAUUCGCGCGCCCACUAAUGGACACUCAGCCCUACGCAGAUUCUGGGGACCAACUUCCCCCUUUUCCACUAAAAAAACCACUUUCUCUUGCAGGCGCUUUCAAUCUAAUCAUCUUUCGCUCCAUUUUCCACCAAAAAUCUGCGCCGAACUCCUCGGUCCCCAGAGAAAAAGGGUUGCAAGAGAGACGAAGAGAAAAGUGAAUCAUUUUGAUUUGUUGAUGUACAUUUCGUGUGUCGGAGCAUCACUGAAAUUGGCUUGAGCACACCAAAAACACAUAAAAACGCCGGCCGACCCCGAGAGAGGAUGCGGAAUUCCGUCUAAAAGGGACCUAUAGAUACACUCAACGAUUUCAGUUUCAGACGGCGCCCAGAGCAACCAAUUAUCGUCGCGUGCCGAUCAAAAUGUGAUGCGACUGUAUCGAGACCUGCUCAACGAGUACAACAACGAAGUUAGGCCGACGGUACACCCGCGCGAGCCCAUCAACGUCACUUUUGUCUUUUCGCUCACUCAGAUUAUUGAUGUGGUAGGUCGGACGUGGUGCUUGCUCAACGCAAACUUGGCCUAGAAAACUCCAUCUUAGGCCACGUUUUGACAAAAUGAGAAGCACACGGUCUCCAGAGCUGACAAUAUGGGCGUGGCCUCGGCGGCCAAAUGGCGUUUUCAUGAACUGAGCAGGUUUUCUCUGAUUUUUGUGGUCAAAGGCGAUGAAAAACGAUUUUUCGACAUGAAAAUACACGAAUUCUCAGAAUUAAUGACGUUUUGGCGCAUUUUUCGCGGAUUUCGCUUUUUCGCCUUCGCCGCCGAUCGCCGCACUUCUCAUUUUGCGCUUUCUUGACCGUUUUCAGACAGAAUUGGUUGUGAGAAUGAUAAAUCACGUAAAUACAAGCAUUUUGAGCGCUCGAACCGCGAAGACUACCGAAAAGCAACUGAAAUUUACGCAGUUUUAGCCAAAAACCUUCAAACGGAUAAAUGUGAUUUGCGUUUGACGCUCUAGCGCUUAAAAAAUUCGUAAUAGCCUAUACAAUCGGUCUAUCGAGAGACAAAUGAGAAAUUAUCGGUUUUUCGUGGCUAAUCUGGCAAAAAAACACAAAUUUUGCUGUUACAAUUUGAAUUUCGCGCCAAUUUCGCGCCCAUCGUCAGCUCUGGAGACCGUAGCAGCACGCCAUGUGCCUCGAAGAGAACGUUUCCAGGACGAGCGCAACCAGAUCCUGACGACGAACAGCUGGGUCCGUCUUCAUUGGGUCGACUACAAACUGGUGUGGGAUCCGCGAUUAUAUCAGAACGUCACUCGAAUACACAUCCCUAGCGACAAAAUUUGGAAGCCCGAUAUCAUUUUGUACAACAAGUGAGCGCACCGAUCACCAAUCUCACACUCUGCGAUAAUUUCAGUGCGGACGCGCAGUACACAAAAUCGGUAAUGUCGACGGACGUGAUCGUGGACUAUCUGGGCAACAUUCACUGGCCCCUCUCGGCGAUAUUUACUUCGUCCUGUCCGCUCGACGUCAAACACUAUCCGUUCGAUCGGCAAACGUGUAUUCUCAAGUACGCGAGUUGGGCGUACGACGGAACAAAAAUCGAUUUAUUGCUAAAGUCUGAGCAGGGUCGGUUUGUUUUUCUGCACAAUGUUUUCUUCUAUUGGAAUGUUCAGGUGACAUUACCAACUACAUCACCAACACCGAAUGGAGUCUGAUCGGGAUUCGAGCUGAGAAACAUCAAGUGAUCUACAGCUGCUGUCCGGAACCCUAUCCGUUUAUCGAUGUGCAUGUGACGAUCGAGCGAAGGGCCAUGUUUUAUGUACGUAUAACAAAAUUGAUUUUCAAAUUUAUAACUAUAACUUCCAGGUUUUCAAUCUGAUCCUUCCGUGCGUUCUCAUCAGUCUCAUAGCCUUGCUGGGCUUUUAUAUGCCCACGGAUUCGGGCGAAAAAGUGACCCUGGGGAUCACUUCCCUGCUCUCAACUACCGUAUUCCUGAUGCUGGUCGCCGAGGGAAUGCCACCGACUUCCGAGGCGCUUCCCUUAAUCGGAAUAUACUAUGGCGUCACAAUUAUGCUCGUCGCACUUGCCACAGCGAUGACUGUGUUCACGGUACUGUCUACUUUUAUCAGGGCAAAGCAAAAGGCCGGCCAAGGCUUUUCGGAGUCUUUUUGACGAAAAUUGCGGCCUUUGCGGCCUCUGAUCCGCAUAUCUCGGCACCAGAUUGUCCGAUCGGUCUGAAACUUGGUCCCAGUAUACCUCAAUCCAAGUGUAAGAAGUCUGCAAAGUUUGGACCCGAUCGGAUCAUUGAAAGUGUGUCAAAAGUGCACGCGUCAAAAAGCCUUCAAAAAGUUCACCUGUGCACGGUCUCCAGAGCUGACAAUGAGCGCAAGUGCGCCCCGUCCAAUGGAGCGAUACAUUAGCGCGAAAUUCAAAUUUUAACAGCAAUGUGUGUGUUUUUUGCCAGAUUAGCCACGAAAAAUCGAUAAUUUCUCAUUUGUCUCUCGAUAGAUUGAUUAUAUAUGCUAUUACGAAUUUUUUAAGCGCAAGAGCGUUAAAUUUGGUCAAGUCACAAAUCACAUUUAUCCGUUUGAAGGUUUUUGGCUAAAACUGCGUGAAUUUCAGUUGCUUUUCGGUAGUUCUCGCUGUUCGAGCGCACGAAAAGCUUGUAUUUACGUGAUUUAUCAUUCUCAAAACCAAUUCUGUCUGAAAACGCUCAAGAAAGCGCAAAAUGAGAAGUGCGGUUUUUCGGCGGCGAUCGGCGGCGAAGGUGGAAAAGCAAAGUCCGCGAAAAAUGCGCCAAAACGUCAUUAAUUCUGAGAAUUAGUGUGUUUUCAUGUCGAACAAUCAUUUUUCAUCGCCUUUGACCAUAAAAAUCUGAGAAAACCUGCUCAAUUCAUGAAAACGCCAUUUGGCCGCCGAGGCCACGCCCAUGUUGUCAGCUCUGGAGACCGUGCUCCAUCUCAAUCCCACGUGAAAACACACUGAGUGCAGUGGAGCGCGAUUGCCAGACUUCUGCGGCUGCAAACAUUUCCCCAUUUUUUUGCAUCGAACUUGAGCCCAACACUUCUAUAUUUGCAGGUGAACAUUCAUCACAACGGAGUGCACGGCUACCCGGUCCCGCCGUUUCUUCAAAUCUUUGCAUUCCGCUAUCUAUCCAAAAUUCUGUUCGUCCGCAUAGAACCAUAUCACUCGAUCGCCCAUCAUGUUAGGCACAUGUACCAGGUACCGGCGACCUGUAUCCAUAAAAUAAUCGAUAAGUUUCAGAAAGAGCACCCGAACGAAUGCAAACUAUCGGCCGGAAUUCACUAUCAACGACUCAACGAUUUCGACGUGGCGCAGCAAGAGAAAAACAAGAAGGAAUACGAUUUGAGGAGACAAAAUUCGAGUUGGUGUGACACAAAAAAACAAUGUUUAUUUGUAAUUGUUCAGAUUUAUCCGUAAUUUCCGCAAACGUACACUGCAAUCCGGAAGACCGACUUCUCACUCAAAAUCGAGAGGAAAAAGACAAAAAUCUGCGAUCGUCGUUGUCGAUUCGAAGCGGAUCGCCGAAUAAGAAAAAGGUAAUAUUUGGAGCUUUUUCCAGUUUUGUACGCAUCUAAUUAUGUUACUAUCAAGGGACAUAUUCGAGUGUCGAACAAGAUUCAAAGUUCUCGAAUUAUGGAAACCGAUGUUUCCCAUCUGGUUUGUAACCAUUUUUUCUGUUGCUUUGGCUGCUUUCUAUCUGCUUUCCGCUUCAAUCCUUUUCGCCUCUAAAUUUCUAAUUUUUCAGGUCUCAUUCUCGUCGCUCAAUUCUCACGAGACGCCAAUCGAUUCGCCGAUCUACGGCCGAAAAAUCGGUCGGACUCAAGUGGCCAACGGCGGCACCACCACCACCAACUAUGUGGAUCUUUCCGGCUCGCCCGUCUCGGAAGCAAAUCAACCGUGCGUCGACGAAUUCGAGAAAGAGUUUUUGCGGGUCAUGUCUAUGGUGCACGGAAUUAUUGAGCGGAAUGAGAUGCGCGUCGCCGAGAGGGAUAAACGCGAUGCGAUCGCGUUGGAGUGGCAGCAGGUCUGUGUUUUGUUUUGCCUCUUCUCGAUACAUUUAUCGAUAAAUCGAUCGAUAAGAUUUUUUCAAUCACAAUGGUAGUCUGGAAAUAUUUUCAGGUAGCAAUGGUGCUCGACCGAUUUCUACUCGUCGUCUUCCUAAUCGGCACAUCCAUGUCCACAUUUGUCAUUUUGAAUCAACGCAAUUUGUUCGAGUCUACGGGAUAA